AUGUCUAUAAAUUCUGCCUUAAAGCUGAAAUUGGACGAACUUUUCCUGAGAUGGAUAACGGAUAGAGCGACGCAGAAAGUUCUUCGGGAAAAUCUUAUACAGGUAAAAUCUCAGCAACCUAUUGAAGCAAUGCUGGCAAUGCCCAGUGGCAUAGUAGUUGGACCAAUGUCUGCGUCUUUGUAUGGAUAUUUUUAUGGGCCAGCUCAGUGUGAGUCACCAGUGCCAAAUCUCGAAGGUUCAUGUCACACUGCACUGACGAGCAUCAACCAUCACAGUUAUAUAACGUCUCCACGACCGAACACUCCUCCAUACUUUCCACAGCCUCCUUACUCGAAAAUGUGCAGUCCUCGAUCUCCUCGCCGUCAUUUGUCGACCCCGAGUAAUAUUUCUGUUCAAGCUGUGAAAGGAUCUGGUGAAUCACGAACAAAUGAUAUAACGCAUACAAAUAAUAAAGCUAAAAAAGAAAAUGGAGUAAUCACUAUUCGUUCAAAAACUCUAUCGAACACUGAUAGUCAAGAUAGUGAAACAAAACUUUCUCGUGGCAACACUACAACUAUUGCUACUGCUGCUACCACGAAUAGACUACUCACAAAUCAUGAUACAGAUGAAGAAGAUAUAAAUAAAGUUAAAACAAAUAAAAUUGUUUCUAUUAGAACAAAUGAUCGUAAUGGAUCAAAGCUUAAUAAUAAUACUACUACUACUUCAGUGACACCUACAUCAGACUACAACUAUCCUAGUGAAAAUAAUAAACAAGGCGUAGAUAUAGCUUCACGUCAACAGUCUCGUGAAAGCAAUAAACAUCGUAUUCAUUCUUCACAAUCACAAAACCUCAUACAUUCAGGUGCAGGAGGUGAAGCUAUAGGCGAUACAACAUCACCGAUAACUAAGUCUAAUGUAUCUAAUCGAACAGAUAAUCUGCGUUCAGUACCUUCAGAUUCUAUCCCAUGUACACAGAAUAAACUAUCUACCACUGCUGCUACUAUUACUACUACUAAUACCACCACUACCACUCUUCCUUCUGCCACCGUUUUGCGUAAAGCUUUACCAUCCUUUCAUUUCCCUCUUGGUACUACUCGUAUGUCUAGUGAAGAAAUCAAUGCAGAAUUGGAACGUAUUAAACGUGAAAUUAAUCAAUUUGUUGAUCCAUCACUCAGUACAGGAAAACAUUCUGAACAGUUAAUUCCUUAUUCAAACUUUGGACAAGUGGCAAAACUGCUAAACUGUCCACUCUACUGGAAACACGCUAUUUAUAUGAAUGCUGGUGGUACACCUGAUCGACAACCGGUAUCCUCAGCAAACUUAUUGAAAACAUGGUCACAUACAUUAAAUACUUGUCCAGAUGAAGCUUCGAAAUUUGUUCAUUUACUUACACGUGGACGUGCCACUUUCCUAAUACAAUCAGAUUUUAAUUCACUUAUUCAGGAUAUCUUAGAAAGUCAUCCUGGUUUAGCUUUCUUAGGUGUAGCUAAAGAUUUCCAUUCACGAUAUGUAGCGACUGUUGUAGCACGUAUCUUUUUCAAUGUAAAUAUUUCAUGGUCUGGUCGUAUAUCAUUGGGUGAAUUAAGACGAAGUAAUUUCCUAUCUGUAUUAGCCAGUCUUGAAGUUGAAGACGACAUUAAUUUGGUGACUCAAUACUUUUCAUAUGAACACUUCUAUGUUAUUUAUUGUAAAUUUUGGGAAUUAGAUGAAGAUCAUGAUUUAAUUAUAAGUCGUGGGGAUUUAGCACGACAUAAUAAUUAUGCUAUAUCGGAGCGUAUGAUUGACCGCAUAUUCAGUGGAGCUGUAACAAGAGUAGCCUAA